GGCGCGCCGAAAAUCAUCUUUGCGUCCCGGACGCAUUCGCAGCUGUCGCAGGUGGUGCAGGAGCUGAAGCGGACCUCCUACCGCCACGUCAGGGCCGUGGUGAUCGGCUCCCGGGAUCAGCUGUGCAUACACCCAGAGGUCAGCAAAGAAACCAACAACUCCGUUAAAGUCCACAUGUGCCAAGCCAAGGUCAAGUCCCGUACAUGUCUCUUCUACAAUCAGGUGGAGUCGCGGCGCACGGACAAGCUGCUGACCGAGAUGCCCGUCACGGACAUCGAGGACCUGGCGCAGCUCGGCAAGAAGCUCAACUUCUGCCCGUACUACAUGGCCCGCUCCAUGAAGGAGGCGGCCGACAUCAUCUUCCUGCCCUACAACUACCUGCUCGACCCGAAGACGCGCAAGGCGAACGGCGUUGAGCUGCAGAACAGCGUCGUCAUAUUUGACGAGGCGCACAACAUCGAGAAAAUGUGCGAGGAGUCGGCCUCUCUGCAGCUCAAGUCUACCGACAUCGCGCUCUGCGUGGACGAGAUCACGCAUGUGCUGACCCAGCUGGUGUCGCCGGAGGCGGGGGCUGACCCGGAGUUCGGCUCCGCGGCGGCGGCCGCCGAGCUCAGCGCCGAGAAUCUGAUGCUGAUGAAGGCCAUGCUGUUGGAGCUGGAGAAGUCCAUCGACGCCAUCCCCAUACCGAAUCCGGGCGAAGGCGCCGACUUCCCAGGCAGCUUCAUGUUCGAGCUGUUGGAGCGGGCCGAGAUCACGCACGGCAAGCGCGCCAUCAUCGUUGAGGAGCUGGAAAAAUUUGCUGCUGUCGGCGGGUCGUAG